AUGAAAUCCUGGUGCCUGAGUGUGUCCGACACUACAUGUUGAGUCAGCCUGAGAGCCAACUCAGCUCCUCCGCAAACACCAGUCCCCGCCGCAGACAUUUCCAGCCUCUUUUACCCAAAGGGGUGUCGCAAGUAUAUCACCUUCCCGACUCCAGCUCUUCUUCCCAUGACAUUGCCGACACAGAGGCAAGAAUCAAAGAAAAAGAAAAGAAUCGGAGGGAAGAAGAAAAGAGAAAGAAAGAAGCAGCAGCAGCAGCAAGAAAGGAAUCGCUCAGCCAACAGAAAGGUCAGCACGAAGAAGAAGAAGAAGAAGAAGAAGAAGAAGAAGAAGAAGAAGAAGAAGAAGAAGAAGAAGAAGAAGAAGACUCCAUGGUACAACAAGCAUUUCCCAAGAUUCAAACAAUGGGACCAGAGGGUCCAGCUGUUUACUGCCCCUGGACAAUGAAAGAAAUGAAGGAAAUGUUGAAACAUCUCCCUGAAAUUCAACAAGACGGCGACAAAUUUGCCAAAGCCCUACUCCUGUUCUGCCAACAGUUAUCUCCUACCAUGCCUGAGAUAAAAAAAUUACUGACAUUAAAAAUCGGGCCAACACAUGCCAGCCAUUUCACAGCACUGCUGGCCGGUCAAACUGGGUUGAAGAAACCACAAUGGGACCAUGCAGACAACGCCCCAUACCGCAACGCCCUCACCGCACUCGGCGACGCCAUCAAAGCCAAGUUUCCAGCCAAAGUUGACAUGUCAACGAUCUCUGCCUGUAAACAAAAUACAGAAGAAUCAGUAAAUGACUAUUAUCAUCGUCUGCAUCAAGUUUUCAACGAAAACAGCGGCAUCGCCAAGCCUGACGGCUAGCCCACCCCUGAGACAGGCGUGUGGGAGGCCAACCUCAGCCACACUUUCCUCAACGGUCUCGCAGCCCCCAUCUCCACAUCUGUAAAACAAACCUGCAUUGGAGUGAUGGAUGGUGCCAAACUUGAAGAAUUGCGCAGACAGGCCAUACAUGCCCAACACCGCCUCAACGAAGAAAAGGUCAACGACGACAAGAAAAGACGUGACAGGAAAGACAAAGCCCAACUGACCAUGGUCCAAGCUGUAACAGGUUGAUCAUACCAACCCCAAGGCGAUAACCGUGGCCGAGGAGGGUACAGAUGGUAGAGGUGGUUUCAGAGGCAGAGGACGCGGUGGCGAGGGACAAAACACCCAUGGAGGACGGGGCAGAGGCCGCCAAACCAACCAAGAAGCAAGGGAAGAUGGAAGCUGUUUCAUCUGCCGAUCCAAAGACCACUGGGUCAAUGACUGUCCGAAAGCCGUAUGGAACCAGAACCGGGGAAAUCAACAACAAGGGGGAACUUCAGACUGACGUGCGGAGGAGGAGGAGAGAAGGGUCCGGUCGAGCGAGACGGAACAGGAGCACACCCACCCCCAACCAACCAGACGAUUUGGGCUCCUAAUGCUGGAUUUUAUCGAACUUAGCCUGGAGUCCUGGACACAAGCCCUGCCCAUUGUGCUGAUAUACAUAAGGAUGCGGAAACGAACACGGAGUCAACUCAGCCCUUUUGAGAUCCUUUUUGCAGCCCCUACACAGAUUGGGACCAAGGCGCCAGGAUGUCCCCUUCCUUCCACAAGCCUGUGUGAGGAUGCUAUGUUGUCAUAUUGUGUUAAACUGUCAUCCACUUUAGCAGAUAUCAGACACCAGGUAGCGGCAGCUCUAUCUACCCCUGCUACUGGUCCACUCCACCGUAUCCAACCAGGCAACUUCGUGCUGGUCAAGGACUUCCGGAGAAAGAGCUGGAAAUCCAACCGUUGGCAAGGUCGCCGAGAGCCACGUGGGUCCACGCCAGCCACUGCAAAGCUGUCAUCUCCGCCCCUGUCUAGCCGGUCCAGUAGAAACAGACGACGACAAGUGACGUGCCAAGUCACCAUCAGCACCACACACGCAGUACAUACACCCUAGUACCACACACAAGAAUCAUGGGCGUGGGCCAGCUGUGCUGUUUCAUAUGCCUCUGGUUCCUUGUCUGUGCCGUCAUUGUGUGGGGCUUAAUUGAUAUGGUCAUGAAGGCACGGGCUCAGUCAGACUAGACACAUCCACUAAGGAGACGACGACACCAACAUAAACUUUGUGCCUGAACAUUUGCGAAUAACUGAAGAUGGAGCCCCUCCGACAAGAACUAGCUAAUAAUCUAAUUAUACGCCAACGUCACCGUAA